AUGUCAGGCCUCGAGCCACUCGUGGCCUUGGGGCUUGUGUGCAACAUCGUUCAACUAGUCGAAGUCGGGCUGAAAACAGCCACGCUCUGCAAGAAUGCCUAUCGCACAGGCGAACCGGACCCUGAGCUCAGCGUCUACGCUGAGAAUCUCGCAGUCACCGCUUCAAGCUUGAGCCAGUCACUGGAGAACUCCCAGCAGCCUCUUAAUCUCGAUGACUCGCGACUCCUGGCUCUAGCUCGCAAUUGUUGUGAUGCGGAAGCUGAAUGGAGGAAGAAAACCCCAGCUCGAUUACUUUCCCAACAACAACCUCGAAAGCGGGAUCGUCUUGGCGCAAUUUUUCGUGGCAUUAUCAAUAAGCCGGAAAUCGAUCGCUUGGAAAGCCAAUUGCAGAAAGCCAAGGAUUCUCUAGAGACGAUUCUGCUCGUCGGGAUCUUCAAAAGCCUUGACGUCUCCAAGGUGCAAGCCAAUGACCUCCACGAUAAGUUUCGGGACCUGCUUCAGGCAACAUCCACUAGCGAAAAGAAACUCCAUGACCUUAUUCAGACACAAGUAGCCCUUGUCAACACGCAGAUAUCAGACCGUAUUGAUCAAGCUGAAGUAUCUACCAAGACUCAUGUCACAACAGAGCUCGCUAGUCAUGAGUCGAGGCUCAAGUCACACACAGAGCAUGGAAAGGACACCAUUUUGACAGAAGCUGAAGCCAGAGAAAAUAGCCGAAGAGAUAAUGAGGCUUAUGAGCGACUCUUGCAGAGCUUCUAUUACCCAGACAUGAAUAGUCGGAGAACCGAGGUACAGGUCUCCCAUGGAUCGACCUUCAGAUGGCUAUUCGAGGGAGAGCUUAAAGACAAUCAUCCAAAUUCACCGCUUUUCAAUGCGUCACACCCCAAUUCCGAAGAACUGGUCUGUAGUAGCUUUUUCAGAUGGCUUAAAUCGACAGAAGACCGUUACUGGAUCAGCGGCAGGCCCGGAACAGGAAAGAGUGUGCUCAUGAAAUUUAUCGUCUCCCACAAGCAAACAAUGGAUUUACUCCGGCAAUGGCAACCUCAAGUCCAGAUCCUGACACACUUCUUUUGGAAGGUCGGCAGUCCUAUGCAAAGUAGUUUCAAGGGCUUCUUGUGUUCUCUCGUCUACCAAUUGUUCUCUUCAGAUAGAGAACGUUCUCUGGGCUGUCUCCAACAGAACCCCGAUUGGUCUCGUAAGACUAACCCUGGCGAUUGGGACAAGGAGGACCUCAAAUCCGUACUACAAAGUCACACAAGGCCGCCCGCUCGGCCUUUCUGUCUUUUCAUCGACGGACUUGACGAGCUCAUGGAUGGUGAUGGUGUGGGCAUUCUGAUCGACUUUCUCGAUAGUCUACGGAAAUCAUCAAAGCUGUUGAAAAUUUGCAUGUCAAGCCGUCCAGAACAUGCAAUUCGAAUGCGAUUGUCAGACGAGCCAGACCUAAAAAUGGAGAGUUUAACCCUCAAUGAUAUCCGUUCCUAUUCGAAGGCUAUCCUACAUAAGGAGAUAGCACUGGCCUCCUCUCCGAUCGAUGUAGAAGCUGUUGUGAGUGCUAUUAGUGAUAAGGCAGAAGGUGUAUUCCUUUGGGCUGUUCUAGUAACAAGGUCAAUUGCUCGUGGUAUCUCGAAUGGUGACUCAGAGGAUGAUAUCCACAAAAGGCUUUCAAAGACUCCCAAGAAGCUUUACGGGCUAUACCUAGAUAUGUGGACAAGGUUGGGAGAAGACUCCGAUCUUUAUCAGUCUUCGACAGCACUAAUUUUCAAGAGUCUCCUUUUCACAUGGGAAUCACACCAAAAGGCCUCAUCUGGCUUUUUACUACGAACCCUGAGAUAUGAGUCAUCUAUCUUAGAGCUGAUGUUGGUGUCAAAUGAGGAUCUGUGGUCUACGACUGUCAACCACUUUGAUAUGCUCUCUGCCGUAGAUCUCGAGCAUCGAUGCCAUGAACUAUUCACCAGGUUGCCAGUCAGAACCGCCGACCUCUUUGAAAUUAGAGAGUACCAUGGACCAUCUGAAAUGGUCUCAGCAAGCAACUCACACUAUCGUGUUCUUCGUUAUGACAGCCUGAAGGUAGAGCCUAUUCAUCGAACGGUCUUCGACUUCCUGAUCGAAACAGAGGAUGGAGAGAAGCUUAUGGAGCACCAUAAGGCGUCCCAAGUCGAGCUGUUCGUCAGAAAAUUUAGAUCGUGCCUUCUUCGAGAUUAUAUAUGCCCCAAAGUUGACUUCUAUGGGACCGGGGUCGAGGAGAACUUUAACGAGGACGAUCACAGUUGGCUUUUUGCAGGGCGUCGCCUAACUAUGCAACUCCAGAGACUCUCCCUUCAUGCCGGCAUUAUUCAUGAUUCGGUACUAGUCGAAAUGUUAGAUCUUGUAUGGGCUUCUUUUGUUCAAACAACUAAGAAUUUCCCACCGCAAUCACACAAAAUUGCAAACGAGAGCGUACCAAAAUGCAGAUUGGACUACCUGCUGCGCAUUGCUCCACUGGGAUUCGACAUUUAUCUAAGAGAUGAUAUCAUUGAAUGGGAGAAUGCAAGACAAUUCGAAUUAUUGCAAAAAACAAUCACAGCUUGCCUUCUAUCAGGCGAACGACAAUGUACCGAUUUCGAAUUGGCUGGAAGACAACGCCUUAUAGAACGCAUUCUUUUGAUUUUUCUGUCUGCUAAUAAAUGUUUUAUGUCACUUCCGAAGGGACUUUAUCUAAGUAACUAUACUUUGGUCAAGGCGAGCAUAGCAUACUUUCUCAUCUCUCUCAUCAAUACUGUUCACGUUUCGGAAAGCAAUAACCCCAAUUCAUACUCGUGGGACGCCCACAGAACCAACGCUAUACUUAAAAUGAUUAGGGAUUUCCGGCGGUCACUAUGCUUUGGAGAUCAUCUGCUUCUUAUAUUAUACCUGAGGAAUUAUUGGGUGAAUACCCCGGACUUUAUCAGCUGCAAACGCCACCAACGACGAGACACGGCCGUAUACGUGGAAAUCAGUAUGUCCAUUCUGAUUCAGAUAUUUUUAGAACAAUUGGCUCAGAAUUGUGCGGCUUUCAAUCGUCGUGGCUUUGAAGAGGACCUCGAUUUAAAGGCUUUCCCUCAGACUGUAAGGCCCGUCAAGCUAGGUGUUGAUGAGUACUUUCUGGACAUAUCCAGCACGGAUCUGCCCAUCUUUCAGAGGUACUGUCACAGAAAACUACUACCUGAACCUUUCAGUACGUCGAUUGAGGAUUCUGAAGAUGCGGAAUGGUGUGAAAAAAGGUUGGCUGAGGCUAGGCACGAUAUAAUAGAACGUAAGCGCCGUAGAGGAAAAUGGGACAAGACGGCAAAAGGAAUAGAAGAGGGGAUCGGUCCGAACGGUAUGAACUACUUUCUUUGUAGUUCUUGCGAGACGAGAGAAACGAGUUCAGCAUAG